CACCGCUGUCUGCUUCCUUCUCGAUUCCUCCGGUGGCAGGUAUUUCCCUGCGACUUAAGCUGGCACCAUGCCACAGGAUGUCAAGACCGAUGUUCCCAAAGUCCUCAACAAAACCACACCAGGACUUCAGAUAUGGAGAGUGGAGAACAUGGAGCUCGUGCCCUGUCCAUCUAAUACAUACGGGCAGUUUUUUGAGGGAGACAGCUACAUAAUACUCUAUACUCACAAGACCAGCAACAACUACACCUAUGACAUCCAUUAUUGGCUGGGCAAGGACACCUCCAAUGAUGAGCAGGGAGCAGCAGCGAUAUACACCACGCAGAUGGAUGAACACCUAGGGGGCGCUGCUGUGCAGCACCGUGAGACCCAGGGUCACGAGAGCGCCACCUUCCAAGGAUACUUCAAACAGGGCAUCAUAUACAAAAAAGGUGGAGUCGCAUCUGGGAUGAAACAAGUGGAGACGAACACGUACAACAUUCGCAGACUGCUGCAUGUGAAGGGAAAUAAGCAUGUGGUUGCCGGAGAGGUGGAAAUGAGCUGGAAGAGCUUUAAUCAAGGUGAUGUGUUCCUGCUGGACUUGGGGAGUCUGCUCAUUCAGUGGAAUGGACCCAAGAGUAACCGAAUGGAGAGGUUAAGGGGAAUGAACCUAGCGAAGGACAUUCGGGAUCGAGAAAGGGGUGGUCGAGCACAAGUGACUGUAGUGGAAGGAGAUGAUGAGGUCUCUUCAGAGGAAGCAAUGAAAUUGAUGAUUCAGGCAAUGGGGGAGAAAAAACAAAUCAAAGAUGCCAUCCCAGAUGAAAUUGUAGAUGAGAAACUCAAGACUGCCAUUAAACUCUUUCAAUGCAUGGCUCUCAAAAACAAAAAGUUUGACACUUUUGACUGCUAUCUGCUGGAUCAAGGCGGAAUAAAGAUCUUUAUCUGGAAGGGCAAAAAGGCAUCAAAAACUGAGAGAGCAGAAUCUCUGAAGAAAGCAGAGGCCUACAUAAAGGCAAAAGGAUAUCCUACAUCCACCUACGUAGAGACAGUAAGCGAAGGAGCAGAAUCAUCAGUGUUCAAACAGCUCUUCCAGAAGUGGACGGAAAAGGGACAGACGGUUGGAUUGGGCACCACUCACAGUCCAGGGAAAAUAGCCAAGGUUGAGCAAGUCAAGUUCGAUGCCACCUCAAUGCAUGCCAGACCUGACUUGGCGGCACAGCAGAAAAUGGUGGAUGAUGGGUCGGGCGAAGCCGAGGUAUGGAGGAUAGAGGACAAUGAGCCCGUCCCUGUGGAGAGGAAGUGGCUUGGCCACUUCUACGGUGGGGACUGUUACCUCAUUCUCUACAAAUAUGAAGUCAACAGCAAACUACACUACAUUCUGUACAUGUGGCAAGGCCGCCAUGCAAGCACAGCGGAGCUGACAGCUUCUGCAUAUCAGGCUGUGAUCCUGGACCAGAAGUACAACGGAGAACCAGUACAGGUCCGUGUUCCCAUGGGAAAGGAGCCUAUGCACCUAAUGGCCAUUUUUAAGGGCAAAAUGGUUGUUUAUGAGGAAGGAAGUUCCAGAGAAGGCUCCUCCCAUUCUCAACCAUCAGUAAGACUGUUUCACGUCCAUGGAACAAAUGAGUUCAACACACGUGCUGUUGAGGUGCCUCCACGCUCAUCUUCUCUGAACUCCAACGAUGUGUUUGUGCUCAGCACAGAUAAGUGCUGCUACCUGUGGUAUGGCAAGGGCUGCAGUGGAGAUGAGAGAGAGAUGGCCAAAUCGCUGGCUGACAUCAUCUCCAAGAGGGAGAAGAAUGUUAUUGCAGAGGGUCAGGAACCAGCUGACUUCUGGGUAAACCUUGGUGGAAAAUCACAGUAUGCCAGCAGCAAAAGACUUCAGGAUGAGAACUGCAAUAUCACGCCCAGGUUGUUUGAGUGCUCCAACCAGACAGGUCGCUUCAUAGCAACAGAGAUUGCAAACUUUAACCAAGACGACCUGGAUGAGGAUGACGUGAUGUUGCUGGACAUCUGGGAUCAGGUGUACCUGUGGAUCGGCAAAGGUGCCAAUGACAAGGAGAAGCAUGACGCAGUGGUUACAGCACAGGAAUAUCUGAAGUCCCAUCCUGCAGGGCGUGACCUGGAUACACCUAUUCUAGUGGUGAAGCAAGGGUUUGAGCCGCCCACUUUUACAGGCUGGUUCCAAGCCUGGGACCCACAAAAGUGGAGUAGUGGGAAAUCCUACGACCAGCUGAAAGCAGAGCUUGGCACUGCAACUGAUCUCAUCGAAAUUACUGUGGAUCUGACCAAACCAACCACAAACCAAACAAACUCAACUAACUCAACUCAAGGGGGUAACUUACCCCGUCCUGUCACAGAAACCUUCCCUCCAGAGAAGCUGGUGAACGUUCAGACAGAAGACCUGCCUGAUGGAGUCGACCCCACAAGAAAAGAGGACUACCUUUCAAACGACGACUUUAAACUGAUCAUGGGGAUUUCUCGGAUUGAUUUCUAUGACCAGCCGUCCUGGAAGCAGCUGAACCUGAAGAAAGAAAAGGGACUGUUUUAGGAUGGGCACAAAUACAUUCCUGUUCUGCGAAACAGACCUCUCAUGCUAAACUGUAUGAAUGCUAGUAGUGGUGUGAUGCAAAUACACUACAGUCAUGAUCAUUUCUUUUUAGAUUUACAUGUUUACAUGUUUAAUUACU